GUAAUAUGUACAACUUGGCUGCUGAAUGUGAACGGUGGGCAGCUUCUUUGCAUCCACCAUGCAGUCAAGUUUAAUACCUGCUCCUCAUAAGUAAGAUUAUACUCCUCAAAACUUUAAGCAUCAAGAAACUCAAGUUGCAUACUCCAGCUAGGAGAACGACAGAGUCCAGUUGGUGGUGAGUGACUUCCUGAUGCGUGACGCUGGAAUCCUCAUCCUCUUUGUGGGGAAGAGGACAGGGUAAGAAGGCGCUUUGACAGUUGGGUGCAUUUGGGGCCACCCAACCAACCGCGUCUUCCAUUGAAAGUCAUGGAACCGCCGGAGGGCGAUCUCGCGAAGCCGUUCACGGUGGUGGAAUUUGGGCCUUCCUUCUUCCGCCGACUUGACCUGGCAAACUCGUCCCAGUUUGCAGAGGUCCUUCUCAGGACUGCUCACAAAGAUCCGCAGCUCCACUUCAACUCAAGCCUCCUCUUCAGCCACGCAGCCAACGGAUCCGCAGAAUUCAACACCAGCACGCUCGCAGGUCCAGCUACUGACAGCUUGAUCAGUGACUUGGCGAAGGAGGUUGUUAGGGAGGCGAAUGGGUCCAACCUUGUGAUGGUUUUGGAUUCAGAGCACCACCAAGUUUUGUUGGAGAAGGAGGAACCAUCUGAACUGACGGUGGAAGUGGGGAUUAUGAUCGCACUGGCGUUCUUCUUGAUGGCGCUGUCGCAGGUACUGCUAGUCCAGUGGCGCAAGAAGCACAAGCGAUCUUACAAUGCUGUGACCACUUUAGGCCUGUGGCUCUUCCCCGCCAUCUUCAGCGUACAUGUCCAGUACUGGAGGAUGCUUGCUAUCUGGACCGCCUUCUCAUUCGUGUCAGGCUACGUUGCAUCCCGCUCCGCCCGCCGGCCGCUCUCCCGGAGCACUCCCCGCCUUGUUUACACAUGGUUCCUGUCGGUGCACCGCACCUGCUUUCUCGUUGGCGUCGUCGGUUACGGCCUCCUGCUGUCCGACAGUUUCGCACAGCCGGACCCGGAGGCGCCCCGCCUGGGGCUGGGGCCCUUGGGGACCGUCUUGAUGUUCUAUGGCCUGUACUUCGGCGUGCUCGGUCGCGACCUUGCUGACGUGUGCACCGACUUCAUGGCGUCGCGGGUGGGCUUCGGGGGCCGUCCCUCGCGCAACGGCCCCCAAGCGAGCAACGUGUGCGGGAUCUGCGGGCAGCACCUGCGGGACGCAGAGGCGGCGGCGGAGCAGCUCGAGAACACUGUCGCGCUGCCGUGCAAGCACAGGUAUCACGAGUUUUGCAUACGAGGAUGGGUGAUGGUGGGCAAGAAGGACACGUGUCCCUUCUGCUUGGAAAAGGUGGACCUUCGGAAGCUGUUUGUGAGCCCGUGGCAAACGCAGUCCGUUCUGUGGUCGCGGCUGCUCGACGCGGUCCGGUACCUAGUGGUCUGGAACCCGCUAAUAGUCAUCGUCUGCCAAGGUCUCUUCUACGUUCUUAAGAUGGGGAGAAAAAGCGACCCGCCAGGCUGAGCCACCAGGUUCGUUCUUAGGUCGUCCAGGGUAGGCGCCGACUCGAAGCGAGUGUGAAGCCAGCGUCGUGGUUCGACCGCGGAAAAGCGGUCACGUCGCCUGCAAAGGUGUGGCACCAUACAAUCGCAUUUUACUACGAGAAGGAGCACUUUUCGAGAAGAAACGGCAAUCACUUCUCACCUCAAGAUCCGAUGCCCAAGUUCUGGUCUUAUGCUUGAUUUGCAUAGUGCAUGUGUGGAUACUCCUGGCAAUUCCACGCGGAUAAGUUGGGAGCCAUGACGGCUUUUGUCGUUGCUGGGCACGUGCUUCGAUCGUUGUUUGACG